AUGCCGUUCCUCCGUCGUGUUUGUGCAAUCUUGCACAUCGGCAAGAACGAACCUGAGAAAUUCAACUUCAAUGAGUGCGGCAAAUGGCUUGAUAUGGGCUCCGAAGGAUACAUUACAGAAGGCUUCGUUGGAUACUAUACCUGCCCAACCUGCCGCACCAAAAUCAACGCCUACCGCUCCGUUGAGCAAACCGAGACCACCACGAUCGACUACCUGCGCUUCGAGCAAAUCAUCGAGAAUGGAAGCGGCCGCUGCGUCAUGCAAAUGCCCAUCACCUUCGAGAAGGAGUUCGUCGCUAUGGAGAAAGGCCUGCUCAGUCAGAAGACCCUGGGAACGCCAUGCGCAUGCGAGGUUGUGAAGGAGAAGUUCUUUGCUAGCUGCAAGUGUGUGGGUUGUGGUACGACGAUGAACUUUUAUAAUCAGGUGAAGAAGUGCAAGGAUGUUGGCAAGCUGAGGUGGUUUUUGGCGAGGAAGGACGACAAGUCCAUUAAAGAGAAGUUGAGCUGGGAGGAGUAUGCUUUGGAGAAGUAA